ACUAAAUACCAUUAAUAUCAAUUUUUUUUAAUUCAUAUGGCUAGUUCAGUAUUAUAGCAUGCACAUCCCUAAUAAAACUUACUACAAAUAUAGUCGACGCUGUGCUUAUUUAUGGGGGUAAAAUUGAGGGAAGACUUUAGAGAAGACUUGUAAUUAGCACGACAGGUUGUAUGAGUAGAAUAGUCAACCAAUACGUGCUGUGGACACUGUCAAUCCUUUGAAAAUUCUCAACCAUUUAUAUAUCUUUUAUAUCCCUUCAACUCUUUUGCCUUUGUAUCAUCUCUUUUUCUCUUUCUUUUUGUGGAUUCUUUGUUGAUAAUUUUCUUGUUGAAGAGCUAUGGCUCGUCCAAAUGUGCCCAAGUUUGGCAACUGGGAUAGUGAAAACAACACUCCCUAUACUGUUGUUUUUGAAAAUGCAAGGAAAACUCGUGGUGGAAAGAUGAUAAAUCCGAAUGAUCCUCAGGAGAAUCCGGACAUGUUUCCGAAUGUUGCUCCUCCCUCCAGGCCUAAAAUUCAGGCAGAGGAACCAAACAGGCGUCGCGUGAGUAGAGAAGAGGGUGAUUUUCGCGCUAAUUCUCCUCAGCGCAAUGGGGGUCGUGGAUCAAAUUCUGGUCGACCUAGUAGACAUAGUGGAGGGUCUGAUCACAGCAUCGCGAAAUCACCACUUCACCCGUCUUCCCAGGCAAAGACCGGACGAGUAGCUGCAUCUCCUGUUUGGGAAGGGAAGAAUUCGUAUGACAGUAGCCAUGGUACUCCUGGAAGAUCAUUUGAAAGUGCUCAUGCUACUCCUGGGAGGCACCAAACGAAGCACGAAAGCCCUGAUAGAGGAGCUGUAGUUCCAAAAUUUGGCGGAUGGGAUGACAACGAUCCUCAGGCUGCAGAAAACUACACCGAGGUUUUUAACAAGGUGCGAGAGGAAAGGCACGUUGAUACUGGAAAUAAGCCAGGCUCAGUUGGUAGAACUUCUUACAGCACACAAAGGCAUCACCAAAAUGAAAAGCAGAAGGGCUGCUGCUUUCCUUGGUGGUGAAAAUGAAGGCCCGUUUUUCUGGUGACCUUAAGUUGUUAUAUUGGAUGUGUAAAUAGAUCAGCAAACUAUGGUGCAAGGCCAAUCGUUUCUAUGUUAAGAGGCUUGUUAUAGCAAUAAGUUUGGGCUAGUGAUUUCUUGUCUUUGUAAUGCUUUCAGCUGAAUUUUGCAUUUGUGUUGUCUAUUUAUAUUGUUUUAUAUCAUGUACUCUAUUGUUUAUUCCUAAAUCAAAUUCUUUUGUGUUAAUUA